AAGUGCGUCACAUCCCUGGGAAAAAAAAGGGUUGAAUGGAAUUGGCAAGCACACAUGCGAGUGUCUGAGCUGAGCCGGGGUGAUGGCAUGCCUCACAGCGCUGUAGCUGCACAGUCUCCAUCUAUUCAUGUGAAAGCUCGCACCAUUUCGGCUUUGCGCGCCCACGGUCUCCAAAAAAGACAACUUCUCACACCAUGGAACACGAUCGGGUGAAUUUCUAAACUGAUCGCAAGUGUCUGAGUUCUCUUCAUCACCUUAAAUGACGGUUCGAGUUACAAUGAAACUUUGGGCGCCGACGAAAAAACGCGUUCAGCUCAGCAGAGGAGAAAAGCGAGCGCAAUGAAGGAGCGCAGCGGGAGGAGGUAAAGCAGGAAAAAGUUCAUUAACUAAUGAUUAGCGGCUUGAGAGUUUAUUAGAAGCACGAAGGCAGAUUCCACUCCGUGAAAAACAUCGCACAGUGCGGGAAAGCGCUCAUAGCCUGUUGUUUGCGUUGAAAUAAGAAAAAAAAAAGUGUGAAUAAUGGCUGAAGAGGGAUCUGGUGGCUUUGCGCAGUCUGCCGCCGUUAAACUCUCAGAGAUGGGCGAAAAAACUAAACAGCUAGGCACUGCUAUCCAAGAUCCUGAUCGACAGCGGAGGAUUAUUCUAGUAAUCGUCUGUGUGGCACUUUUGUUAGAUAAUAUGCUGUACAUGGUGAUCGUGCCAAUCGUUCCAUAUUAUUUAGCCAGCCUAGAAAGUGAAUCAACCAACUCGUCCAACAGCACAGAAAACUUCGACGUGCAGAUUGGUGUCCUAUUUGCAUCCAAAGCCAUUUUGCAACUCCUCGUAAAUCCUCUGACGGGCACCUUCAUAGACCGCGUUGGAUACGACAUACCACUUUUAAUAGGACUUUCCAUCAUGUUUGUCUCCACGUGCAUUUUUGCCUUGGCUGAAAACUACGCGACUCUUUUCGUGGCGCGGAGUCUGCAGGGUCUCGGCUCGGCUUUCGCAGACACGUCAGGUAUCGCUAUGAUAGCAGACAAAUACACGGAGGAGGCCGAGAGGAGUCGAGCCCUGGGCAUCGCCUUGGCGUUUAUCUCGUUCGGCAGCCUGGCGGCGCCCCCUUUCGGCGGGGUGCUUUGCGAGUUCGCAGGGAAGUGCGUCCCCUUCCUCGCCCUCGCCUGUGUCUGUCUAGCCGACGGUAUUUUGUGCAUGACUGUCCUCAAGCCAUUCUCCAGCAGGACCAGGGAAAACAUGCCAGUUGGCACACCCAUUUACAAACUUAUGAUUGAUCCAUAUAUAGCAGUGGUGGCAGGUGCACUGACCACGUGUAACAUCCCCCUUGCGUUUCUGGAGCCCACCAUCGCGAACUGGAUGGAGGAGACCAUGGACGCGUCCCAGUGGCAGAUCGGACUUACCUGGUUGCCAGCUUUUUUCCCCCAUAUUUUAGGUGUCUACAUUACUGUAAAACUGGCAGCGCGACACCCACACUUACAAUGGUUUUAUGGCGCUCUUGGCAUGGUUAUAAUAGGUGCCAGCUCCUGCACUGUGCCAGCAUGCAAAAACUUUGAGCAACUUAUAAUCCCCUUAUGUGGCAUCUGCUUUGGCAUUGCGCUGGUGGACACCGCGCUGUUGCCCACACUUGCGUUUCUGGUUGAUGUGCGUCAUGUCUCUGUGUAUGGCAGUGUCUACGCCAUUGCCGACAUCUCCUACUGCGUCGCCUAUGCUCUGGGUCCAGUUGUGGCUGGAAAGAUAGUGCACGACCUCGGUUUUGUGCAGCUCAACCUGGGCAUGGGCCUCGCCAACGUGCUUUACGCACCAGCGCUGCUCCUGCUGCGCAACGUGUGCCUCAUGAAGCCGUCUCACUCCGAGAGAAACAUGCUGCUGGAGGAAGGGGCCACAGGCCUCUACGACACCAUCAGACUAGAAGAGUGCCAAGCCAAGAAAAAGAAGCAGGGCUACAGCACAACGGACAACUAUCUGCCUGUGGACGAUAACGGCAUAUUUGCUGGAAACUCCAGAUCAUACUCUCAAGAGGAAACAUCUGAACCCGAAUAUGCAUAAAAUACACACUCCUAAUCAGUGCUGCAUCAAUUUCCUGGACACACAUUAAAACACACAAUUUAACCCCAAAGUAGGCUUUACCUCUGUCUGGAAAAACCAGCCUUAUAUAUGUAGUCUAGCCAUAGAAUUGCGUAGAAAUUCUUUCACACUGGUGCAAAAUGUGCACAAAAAAAAGAAAAGAAAGAAACUAUACGCCGAAUACGCUGUGUAACUCUAAAUGUUUGAUCAAGAAUGAACUGCUCCACGUGUUCUUUUAAAGAAUCAGACUACAGGUUAUCAGCAUAUUUCUGACCAUUUCCUUCUAUCUAUCUUUAAAAGUAGCAUAGUGUAUUAUUUUUCCUUUGAUCAAAUGCAUCAGAAUUAUAUCACUGUAUUAAAUGCGUUCAGGGAUAUAAAUAAACGCACACGUGAAAAAUGUGCAUCAUUACUCAAGACAGGCUUAAGUUCUUGUUGUUUUGCCAGGUCUGUGCUGCUCUAACUAAUAUGCAAUGUCACAUAACAGUUUGAUGGAUUAAAUGAUGGAUCUAAUGUGUAGCCUAUCCUGCGUCUCCACCGUCUCUAUGUAGUCUCUUAACAUUGUGAGAGUGUAUUUCUGGAAUGCGUCAAUGUAUAUUAUGAACCCAAAAUGUACAUAAUGUGUAUAUCAAGUGUACAUAAUUAAAAUAAUAUAUUGGGAGCAGCAUUUUCUCUUUCUGGGUUUUUUUUCGCUUUGUGCGCGCAUGCGUGCUUUUCCUAUUUAUUAUUUACUUACCAAUUAUUUCUGUGCGGAAA